AUUAGAUACAAAAUCACGCAAAUUGGCGUGAUGAAAUUCCACUUUUCAAACUUGGAUUUUUAUAACCGUGAUCAAACAAACAACUAAAAAAAUUGAAAAACCCACUAAAUCAGCAAAACAAUUAGCUUCGCUUUCAAGAUAAUUAAUACCCUAGUCAAAACCACAAGCAUGUCACAUCAUGUUAAGACUAAGUACAGCCAUUGGGUGAAGUACAAUAUUGUUCUGAUUGCUUAAACCAAAUCUGAAAUACUUAUUUUGGCCAAUGGAAUCUGUCUAUUUAGUUAUCGAUCCGUCUAGGUAUUCGGCCAAUCGGAAUUUUCUAGUUUGAAGGUCAUGAUUAGCGGUCAUUCGACCGGUAGCUUGUAGUCAUCAUGGCAAGCUUGUUUAGGAAAGGAACAAUUUCCAAGGACCCUAAAUUACAGCAGGAUUUGGAACGUUAUUAUAAGAUACGAGCUGCUGCCUGUCGAAUUUUGUCGAUCGCUCAGAAUCCACUACAACGUCUUGAUGCAGCUAAAACACUACUUGUCAGUCAUGCACAGCUACUUAGUUGUAUGCGAUUAAUCCAACGUGAAAAGGUUGAAGAUGCCAAGCACGCGAACGGAACGCUUUCCGACACACGACUUAGAGAAGCUUCAAUCCUUAAUGGGACUGUUUUACGAAAAUCGUGUUUCGCAAAGCCAGGCUACGCUCAAUUGUGCUUAUCAGAUAUUCGUAUACCAUUGAUCUGGCGUAAUAUAGCCCCAGGGACUAACAUGCAUUUGACUAUGCAACAGUUAUUUCCAACGUCUAGCAUUGUUAGUGGUUUACUACCAGCUGUUGUUAAUGCUUCUGGAGAUAAUGCGGACUAUUCAGAUAGUGGUGAACAAUGUGAUGGUUAUAGUUUGUUUUGUACAAUCCAAGUUGGUCAUAUAAUUCGAGAUACUCGGCUAAUCUUCGAUAUCAAGCCUGGUACCGCAGAUAUUGAAUUUAAUGAUAAAUGGACGUUUGAUGAUGUGACAUCGGAAUUCGAAUGUGUAAUUGAAAUCUAUGCUUUUCCAAAGGGAGGUUCUAAAAGCAAUUCUUUAUUUUCUAAACGUCGAAUUUUACCUAUCUAUGAGGGAGUAAGAAGAUCAUCAGACCAACAUGUGAAUUCCGACUCAUCCAUCAAUCAAAAUUCAUCUCAAUAUUUUGAUUUAAUUGGACGUUGUGUUGCCACUUUAAAAGAUGUACAAAAUAAAGUUUCUUCACAUACACUAGAAAUGGGUAAUCAACUUGUUUAUUCACGUGAAUGUAAAAAUUCAUCAUCACCUGUUUCUAAUUCUACGACAAUACAUAGGAAUUCUGUAUUUACUGACCAAUCGAAUGAAACAUCAGAAAUAUGUGAUUUACCAUUAUUUGGUAAUAUUUGUUAUCGACUUAUUGCACAACCUCAUUCAACUAAAUUACCAUUAAAGUCUGGAUAUCUGUGGAUUCGUAAAUUAACUCCUUCGCCUAUUCAGACGCCUAUGAUGCUUUAUCGUUGUGAACUUCGAGAUCGUUACCUUUGGGCUACGUUAAUUAAUACAAGUCAUUAUGAAGGUAGUUCACAUGGAUUUUCUUCAUCCGAUCGUAAUAAUCAAGUGUCAAAAUGCGAUAACCAUGAAACUGGUUCUUGUUUUAAUCCAACUGGUGCGAAUUCUGAAGAUUUUAUCCAAAAUCAUAAAAAAUUCAUUCCUCCUAAAGAACAUUCUCAUGAAAAUAAUUUUUUGAAAAAUCCAACAACAUCUUUCUUUCGAACGAUUGAUUUAUCAAGAAACAAUUCGUCUGCACAAAAUGAAUUUGACCAUACUUCAAUUAAUAGUUCAUUGGGUUCUGGAAUCAAUCGUAAUUUAUUGUCAUCGUAUAAUUGUUAUGCUGAUCUAAUUAUACCUAUUCAUACAGAAACGGACUUUCUUGAUUCACAGCUCGUCCUAAGACAAACUGAGCUAAGUGUAUCUCAAAGAACCAAUGAAUCGUCAAACAUCUCUGGGAAUGAUUUCAAUAAAUCAAAUGAAUGUAGUAUUCCUUCACCUAAGAAUGAUGGACCGAAUUCCGAUGUCAAGUGCCAUCAUCCAGAUGUAAAUGAUGUCUCUUUAGAUAAGAAACGAGCAUUUUCAGCAAUAGAUGUAUCAUGUUUAUCUAACAGCUCAAGUUCUAAUGAUCAUUCGUACGCCACACAAUCUUUCUUUUCUACAAAUAAACCUGGAUUAUUGAAUUGUCAGUCUGUUGAUAACAUUUUGGAUCUUUCGAAAACUGAACAUGUACAUUUCCGGGACGAAACAAAUAUCCUAGAAUCACAGUUAAACAACCUACGGAGUCAGUCAGAAGCAGCAUCCAUUACAAAGUCUGAUGGUUUAUCUCCAAAUGUGGAAAAGUUUAUGUCUGCUUCUAAAAGCUCAUUGUCUCCAAUAAGAAGAGAUUUUAACAAACCCUUACCUAGCCCCGUGGACUCUAGGAAGAGAUAUAAUAGAGUUUCUCGUUCUGUAGAACCUGUGCGCAGGAUUUUUCCUAAAGUAACAACUGCUCACAAAAUAGAUACAAGCAGCUUAUUUGAUUUAACUAAAUUUGGAGAACUGCAAUAUUUAACACCGCAUUCGUCUAAAGUUUCUUCAUUUAUUUCAGUUAACGGUUCUAACAAAGAUAACAAAACUGAAUGUCAUCAAUUAUGUGUGUUUUCAUCUCAGCUACUUACAUUUCGUAUUGCUACUUGUCAUUUGGAUAGAAAUGUCUCCUCAACUAGACACCAUUUAUCAGAACUACGACAAAACGGUUCCUCUGUUGAAGUAUUCGAAUUCACAGCAACACAAAUGAUGGAGAAUGAUCUAGAUCAGUUAAAUGAAUCAAGCACAAUAUUUAAAAGUGAUGAAGAAGAAACCAUUGCUUGGUUUUCCAUUAUGAAAAAGCAUGUACAGGAACAAGAACUUUGGGGCUCUGAAGCUUUCUCCGAGACUAUUAAUAUCCCUAAAAGUAAAUCAAAUUCUAUUCGAAAUACAAGUGCCCGUCGAUCAGUAGCAAUUCCAUCUGAUAUUUCUUUUCUAACAUAA